CCAGGCGGGGGAGAGGCUGGAGGAAGUGGCCGGGCCCGAGCUUGGCCCGGUGCCCGUCCCGGGGAGCCUGGGUAUCCCCUCCCUGGCCAUCCGCUUGGCCUUCUGCGGCCGCUGCGAGGGGCCGGGGUCCCCCCCUCCACCCUCUCUUCCCUCCUGAGCCCUGGGGGUGCGGCCCGGAGCCUAGGGGGUGGCACCCACAAACUGCUGUCCAGAGUUGAUCUUGGCUUUUUGUUCCCCCCUCCUUGAGAAUUGGACUGAUUCCUCCCCCCCCCCUUGAUCAUCAAGGAGGGCUCCCCCCUUCUUGUCUACCCUGUCUUUGAAUUAGCAUCGAUUGCAGGGUGGUGGGGGCCCAGGCCACCUACCGGACUGACUGCUGAAGAAUCUGCACCUUUUUGCAGGCCCUGUAACCUAGAUAAUUUGUUUCCAGAAAGUUCAGGAGCCCUGGAAGGGAGAAGGACUAAGACCACAGGAGGAAGAGAGAGAGAGGGUAGAAUGGAAGAAUCUCACUUCAAUUCUAACCCGUACUUCUGGCCUUCCAUCCCCACGGUCUCGGGACAGAUCGAAAACACGAUGUUCAUCAACAAGAUGAAGGACCAGCUGCUGCCGGAGAAGGGCUGUGGGCUGGCCCCACCCCACUACCCCACCCUGCUCACCGUCCCCGCCUCCGUGUCGCUGCCCUCCGGCAUCAGCAUGGACGCCGAGCCCAAGGCCGAGCAGCUGACCCCGCACAGCCAGGCCUCCGUCACCCAGAACAUCACCGUGGUCCCCGUGCCCUCCACGGGCCUCAUGGCUGCCGGCGUCUCCUGCUCUCAGCGGUGGAGAAGAGAAGGAGGUCAGUCCAGGGGUCCUGGUCUGGUCAUCACGUCCCCCUCCGGCUCUCUGGUGACCACCGCCUCCUCGGCGCAGACCUUCCCCAUCUCGGCUCCCAUGAUCGUCUCCCGCGCUCCCCCUGGCUCCCAAGCCCUGCAGGUGGUCCCCGAACUGUCCAAGAAAGCAGGGUCCGCCCUCCCAGAGGAAGGGGGCGGCGGCGGCGGCGGGGGCGGCGGCGGCGCACCCCCCAAAGCGCCCCGGGGCCGCAAGAAGAAGCGGAUGCUGCUGGAGUCCGGGCUGCCCGAGAUGAGCGACCCGUACGUGCUGGCCCCCGAGGAGGACGGCCACCCGAAGGACGGCAAGACCUACAGGAGCGAAGGGAACUGCGGCACAGGAAAUGGACAGAGCCUUGCGCUCACGGAUACAGUUCCCGGCUCCACCACGAACUUGCUGUGUGACCCUGGGUGCCGCAUGUGCUCGCUGACCUUCUACUCCAAGUCGGAGAUGCAGAUCCACUCCAAGUCGCACACGGAGACCAAGCCCCACAAGUGCCCGCACUGCUCCAAGACCUUCGCCAACAGCUCCUACCUGGCCCAGCACCUCCGCAUCCACUCGGGCGCCACCUACAGCUGCAACUUCUGCGAGAAGGCCUUCCGCCAGCUCUCCCACCUCCAGCAGCACACACGGAUCCACUCGAAGAUCCACACAGAGAUCAUCAAGCCCCACAAGUGCCCGCACUGCUCCAAGACCUUCGCCAACACCUCCUACCUGGCCCAGCACCUCCGCAUCCACUCGGGCGCCAAGCCCUACAACUGCUCCUACUGCCAGAAGGCCUCGCAGCUCUCCCACCUCCAGCAGCACACACGAAUCCACACCGGGGACAGGCCGUACAAGUGCGCACACCCGGGCUGUGAGAAAGCCUUCACGCAGCUCUCCAACCUGCAGUCCCACAGACGGCAGCACAACAAAGACAAACCCUUCAAGUGCCACAACUGCCACCGGGCGUACACGGACGCGGCCUCGCUGGAGGUGCACCUGUCCACGCACACGGUGAAGCACGCCAAGGUGUACACCUGCACCAUCUGCAGCCGGGCCUACACCUCGGAAACGUACCUUAUGAAACACAUGCGCAAACACAACCCUCCCGACCUGCAGCAGCAAGUGCAGGCGGCGGCGGCGGCGGCGGCGGCGGCCCAGGCGCAAGCCCAAGCCCAGGCCCAGGCCUCCCAGCAGCCCCAGCCCCCACACUUCCCGGCCCCUGGGGCAGCCCCCCAGGGCGGGGGCGCGGCGGACAGCACCCCCAACCCCCCACCCCAGUGCUCCUUCGACCUGACGCCCUAUAAGACGGCCGAGCACCACAAGGACAUCUGCCUUACGGUCACCACCAGCACCAUCCAGGUGGAGCACCUGGCCAGCUCGUAGAGAUCCUCGCUGCGCCCACCCUCUUCCCGGGCAGGGGGGGGCGAGCCCCCGCCCUCCCGCCCCGGUGGGGGCGGCGCCCUCCUCCUCCUCCUCCUCUUCAGGAGGAGGCCCGGGGCCUCCGACACACACGGCCCCCAUCCCGACUCUCCCAAGCGAUCCGGAGCGGCGGGAGUGCUCCCCACGGCCCCUCCCGAGCCGUGCUUUGCACAGGGGGCUUGGUGCUCCAGGGAGACGGCCUCCCGCCUCGGCCCCCCGCGCCAGGCCGGGGCUCACCGCACACCCGAGGCUGGCCCUCCCCAGCCGCAGACCAGGGGGCCCCGCGCGCCCCUCGCCUCCUCUCCGCCCGCCCGCCCGCAGCCCGCCAAGAACACAGGUGUCUCCAUGUCCCGCAGAGCCGUCUCCCGCCUCGUCCCGCCGCCGGGGGUAGAGGGAAGCGUCGCUAGCGCCGGGCCUCUUUUUGUUUGUGGGGGCGCAAGGGCCGAGAGGAGGUCCCCAAGGGGCCACGGGUCCCCCCCCCAGCAGAGGCCCAGGGUGGAAUAUGAUUUUCCCUGGAGCCUCCUCCCCCCCCUUCUCCGUCCCAGGCCCUGCACCCCGUCUCCCCCAUCCCAGGCCAAGGAGCUCUGGGCGCUUUGCCCUCUGUGACCCCCCCAGAGCCAGGGCGGCGCGGGGACCGGGAAAGCGAGGCCCCAGGACUGGACUUAGCUCCACGGUGCCACGGUCAGAUGCUGGACAUGGAUUUAUAUAUAAAUAUAUAUAUAAAUAUAUAUAUAUUCCCGCUCAUCACGGCCAUCUUUGUUGUAACCAUCUCUGUGUUUAUAAAUGCAUUAUCUCGAAUUUUCAUAUUUGACGUUUUGUUUAUUUUUGCAUUUUUUUUACACACACCCCUCCUCCCACAUUGUCCUCUGGCCACGGCAUUUUUUUACAUUUCUUUUCCCCUUUUUAUUUUAUUUUUUAAUCAUGGCAGAUUUCAGAGGAAAGAAAAAAGCAACCAUAAAUCAGGAACCAGUUGUUACAAAGCAAUUUUAAAAUGAAAAAAAAAAAAAAGACCUUCUGUACAAAGCAAGGGGUGUUUUUAGAACAUUGUAUAGAAAUAAAUUCAUGUGAAAGGC